GAUACACGUAAUUUAUAGUUUCCCCGAAGUGCAUCGCGGGGCAUAUGGUAUUUGUUUGCGAGUGAUACGUGAGCGAUGAUUGUGCACCUGAAAAUACCAAAAGUUGAUUGACAGGAUAGCUGCAGAUUUGACACUCUUCAAGCGUACGGUGACGAAUUGCAGUUGGACCAUUCCGCGCCUGUCACGAGGUUGUAAGAAAAUAUCCUCCACUGUUUCCAAGAAUGGGGAGAAAAAUCACUGUUGCAGUAUGCACACUAAAUCAGUGGGCAUUAGAUUUCAAAGGAAACCUAAGUCGAAUUUUACAAAGUAUAGAAGAAGCUAGAGAAGCUGGUGCAAAUUAUCGAAGCGGACCAGAAUUAGAAAUAUGUGGUUACAGCUGCGAAGAUCAUUUUCAUGAAAGUGACACACUCCUUCACUGCUGGGAAGUACUGUUAGAGAUACUUAUCAGUCCUCUUUGUAAAGACAUGCUAAUUGAUGUUGGAAUGCCUGUUAUGCAUAGAAAUGUUACAUAUAAUUGCAGGGUUGCUUUCUUAAACAGGAAACUACUAUUAAUUCGACCAAAAAUGUUCCUAUGUGAAGAUGGAAACUACAGGGAAACAAGAUGGUUCUCUCCAUGGAGAAAGGUUCGUCAGGUUGAGGACUAUUAUCUACCACGUAUGAUAUCAGCUUAUACUGGACAGAAAGUGGUACCAUUUGGAGAUGGUAUUCUUUCUACAAAAGACACAUGUAUCGGGUUUGAGAUUUGUGAAGAACUGUGGCACCCAGAGAGCACUCAUAUACCAAUGAGCCUGGAUGGUGUAGAAGUCAUAGUAAAUGGUUCUGGUUCAUACAUGGAGUUACGUAAAGCAUAUGUUACAGUAGAUUUAGUGAAAUCUGCUUCAGCAAAGGCAGGGGGUUGUUACCUAUUCAGCAAUCUUCGUGGCUGUGAUGGCCAGAGAAUGUAUUUCAAUGGAUGCUCCUGUAUAGCUCUGAAUGGUGGUAUCUUGAAUCGAAGCCAGCAGUUUAGUUUGUCUGAAGUGGAAGUAGUAGUAUCAACAGUGGAUCUUGAAGACAUACGCACUUACCGCAAUGCUGUGCGAUCUCGAACACAUCAUGCAGCAGCUAGUCCUUCUUAUCCACGUAUAAGUGUAGAUUUUGCACUUUCAGCAGAUAAUGAUGUGUUCCUACCAACAGAAAGGCCCAUUGAGUGGUUAUAUCACACGCCUCAGCAGGAAAUUGCCUUGGGUCCAGCUUGUUGGCUUUGGGAUUACCUCAGGAGGUCCGGCCAGGGUGGCUUCUUCCUGCCUCUUAGUGGCGGUGUUGAUUCUUCCAGCUGUGCCUGCAUUGUUUACUCAAUGUGUACACAGGUAGUUUCGGCUGUACAAAAAGGAGAUCCACAGGUGCUUGCCGAUGUUCGCAAAAUCGUUUGUGAUCCAGAAUACACUCCAUCUGAUCCUAAAGAGCUCUGUAACAGGUUACUUGUGACAUGCUACAUGGGAAGUGAAAAUUCUUCUUCACAAACAAAAAGUCGUGCCAAUACACUCGCUCAGCAGAUUGGCAGCUACCAUACGAAUAUAUGCAUCGAUGUUGCUGUGUCUGCUGUGCUUGGCAUAUUUACGUCAGUGACGGGUCUUGUUCCAAGAUUUGGUUGUCGGGGUGGAAGUGCGAGAGAGAAUUUGGCUUUGCAAAAUGUACAGGCAAGACUGAGGAUGGUAAUUUCGUAUCUUUUUGCUCAACUCAUGCUAUGGGUACGUAACAGGCCAGGAGGAUUGCUGGUACUUGGAUCGGCAAAUGUUGAUGAAGCAUUACGUGGCUACAUGACUAAAUAUGACUGUUCCAGUGCUGAUGUAAAUCCAAUUGGAGGGAUAUCAAAAACUGAUCUCCGUGCUUUCCUGACUUAUGCUAUGAACAGAUUUGAAUUACCUGUACUUAAGGAAAUCCUUGCAGCUCCACCCACAGCUGAGCUUGAACCCUUAGCAGAUGGUCAGCUGGCACAAACCGAUGAACAGGAUAUGGGAAUGACCUAUGCAGAACUAAGUGAAUUUGGGCGUCUGCGAAAACAAAAUUUCUGUGGGCCAUAUUCCAUGUUCUGCAAACUUAUUCACACAUGGCGUGACACUUGUACUCCAGAACAGGUGGCAAAUAAAGUUAAGCACUUUUUCCGAUGUUAUGCAAUCAAUAGACACAAGAUGACUGUACUCACACCAGCAUGCCAUGCAGAAAGUUACAGUCCAGAUGACAACCGUUUUGACCAUCGACCAUUUUUAUACAAUGUUAACUGGUCAUGGCAGUUCAUUGCUAUUGAUGAGCAGCUCGUGACUCUGAAGGCCUCAACAGAUGAUUCUUGGGAGCACAGCAAGGGUAAACUGGUUUCAGAUAGCACUUCAAGAACACUUACAGAAGAAGGUGCUAGUAAGGGAACAUCUCCAAAGGUGUCCAACAGGUCAAGAGCCUCUGGGCUAAAUAAAAUGAUGUCAGAUUCUCACAUUGGAGUUGUGGUGCCUAAUUCACCUGUAAUCAGUGUUGCCAUGUCAGGAAAUACAUGUGCCAGUCGUAUGUUCAGACCAAUUGUCAACUCACCUUCUGAUGUUGAACUGAAAGCAAUUUGAAUACUGAUCAAAUAUAUCAAAGUACAGCACAUAAAACUCUACAUGGCUAACAGUGUGAUACACUAUGUUUGCUCUCCUGGUGGGUCCAGUUGACUCCCAUAGCUGAAGAAUUUACAUAAAUCAUAAUUUAGUUGUAAUGCAGAGUCAUUAUGAUGAUCAUAACAGAAUCAUUGGGAUACGUGUUCAACAUACUUUCUGAUAGCUAUUAGCACAGUUAACUGUGAUUCUGUAAUGCAAUGUGAUAGCCCAGUAAAUGCUCAAACCAUUCCCUAAUAAUUUUAUUGUUUCACUAUACUGUGAUUUUUUAAACAAAAGUCUUAGAGAAGUAGAUGUUAGCCAGUAUAAAUGUUGCCAGUGUGAUACAUCAUUGUUAAUGUUUUGUGACCAAAGAUGUAACUUCAUAUUUGUACAUACAUACAUACAUACAUACAUAUCUGGAUGAGAGUGGCUUUAAAAGCGACUGAUGAAUAUUUUACUUACAUCACAGUAUAAGGUUGUCAGUAUGUAUCAGUAAUAAUAGCUGAUAUGCAUUAUAGAGAAUUAGAUAUUUUCUAUUGUACUGCAUUUAAGAAACUGU